AUGACUACAAAGUUUGAUUACAUUGUGUGCUCCACUGAGGAGUCAAAUGAUGUUGAGCAGCUUUCAAUUGAUGAGCUGCAGAGUUCCUUGCUUGUCCAUGAGCAGAAGAUCAAUCAGAGUACAUCUGAGGAACAUGCCUUAAAAGUUUCAACAAAUAUUGAUUCUUCGGCAACAAGAGGUUGUGGUGGUUGUGGACGAGGACGCGGUAGAGGCGGCGGCCAUGAAAGAGGUCCAGGUAGCAGAGAUGGGAACAAAGACACUCAUGAUUCCAGCAGUAACAGUAAAAGCUAUUAUAAUUAUGGGGGCAAAAGCAGCAGAGGCUGA